GAUUUCACGCUCGAUUCUGUUUCGGAACGGAUCCUCAUCCGAACGAUGAUCCCUGAAGGCAACAGCUGCGAGCCACGCCCACUUUGGAAGGGAGCGUUCCUGUUAGCAAAGAGGAGAUGGUUGCAAUAGCAUAUCACGUUAUGUUAGCUCAAGCCACAAUGGUGGUUUGUUCAUUAUUCGGUGUUUUGUUUUAACUAAACACACUUUUGCUAGUAAGUAGUGUUUUAUCUCGGACCACAGCGGAAAGGAAAGCACACUGCAUGCUUCGGCUGCUUCCCUGGAAUUACACACCGCAGAAGACACAACAGUUGUGGUGGAAAAAGAUAAAAAGAGACAAUGACCCACCCCGGCAGCCAACUAACCUGAAAACCACGGCGCUGCUAUCAAGGAUCGAAGUUGCUCCCCGGUUAUGAGAGUGAAUGAACCCACAUCAAAAUGGAACUGUACUGGUAUAUCGUGGUCAUCGUCUUCAUCAUCAUCAAGAUCUUCUUCUACGUGUGCUGGUACCGCUCGAGACAGAGACAGUUGGCGGCGUACCUGAGCAACCCCCGCAAUGCCCAGAUCGUCAUCGUGGGAGGGAGGGCCUACCUUCAUCAGAUGUGCGAGAGACAGAGUCAAGCUUCACUGUGGCCGAGCUGGUACGGCGUGCAGGAGGACCUGUCGGUAGAAGAGCCCUCCACAGCGCUGCCACCUGCUCCGUCCUUCUCCCAGCUGGACAUGCCACCGCCGUAUGAUGCAGUCUCUGGAGAGGACGAUCUGAAGCCCCCCCCCUACAGCGAGUGCGCCGACGGCGGCGAGCCCAUCGCUCCUCAUCCCUCCCACGACACGCCCCUCAUCUCUGAGGGAAGGGGCCCCGUCGGCGUCAGCGAGGCCCCGCCCCCUUACUCGCAGUCACCCCCGCUCCAAUCCCGCAACAGACAGGACGGCUCCUCCGAGAGCCGCCCGGAGCCACACUCCGAGAACAGGUCCGUCUAGUCCAGUUCCCCGAUGCCGGGUUGCCUUUUCCCAGAUACUGCCUUCCUACGGACAAACCUCAGCGAUUGUUGCCGGGCCUUGAGACGCCAGUGUGCCGCUCCCCCCCCCCCCCUCUUCCCCCAACCUCUUCGACUUUUUUGAGUCAUCUGAUGAGUUUGCCGAUAAAAGAUGAACUCAGCAAGCCCGUGUGCCUCAGAACUUUGCCCAGCAGCUGGCGUCAGCGUGACAGCCCUGACGUCAGCGGAGCUCCAGCACAGGCAGGCGACGUUUAAGCCUUUUCUCGGAACGAAAACACGCUUCCAAGUGUAGCAUUAGUGUAGCGCAUUACACGCCUCUCGGAACAGCGUUUGAUGGAAUUAGGAAAACACGAGCCCCUUUUUAGUCACAGUCACGCUCUUCUUUUGGUCGCAGCGACACCAAAAUGAAUUGAAAGGAAGCUGUAAUUAGAUCCAAGACUCCUAAUUUACACCUCGUUUGCCUUUAUACACCACCAUGCUGGAUCACUUUCCGCUAUAAAGGUCCCAUGUAUGCCAUUUGUCAGCCAUUUUGAAUGCAUAGCAAAGUUACAGCUUUUAUUUUAAGAUGUGUAGUGAAGCAUGUUUAUUAAUUUUAUUUUAAGAAGCUAUCCUCGCUAUGCUCUCAAGUGUUGCGCGUAUACACGGAGUGAGUUCCUCAAGCUCGUUAGGAGCGUUUUCCUUCAUGACAUCACGAAAACCCGUUUGAGCGCCUCUAAAAAAAAACACGUCUAGGGACACGUGACUGGUAUUUUGCAUAAUGGGGGACAUGUUAAUAAGCAAGGCAGCGGUGCCCAGCUUCUAUAACUUAACAACACAACUAAAAACAACAAACGAGCAGUAAUUUUACAAGAAUAAAGUCAAAAUAUUUUGAGAAAAAAAAUAGAAAUUUUCAUAUUAUUUCCAAAAUAAUUAUUUUUGAAAUUUAUUAUAAUAUGAAAAACAAAACAAAGUUGUAAUAUUUUGAAAAUGAGGUUGGGAACUGUUAUGAGAAUAAUGCCAAAAUAUGCGAAUAAAGUCAGCAUUACAAGAGGAAAGUUAAAAACAACACCAAAGUUCAUACAAACGAUGCGUUUAAGGACCGUCGAAAAAAAGUGCUUGGCAAUAUAUCACAUAUCACAUCCAUCAUGGCGGCGUAUGAAGGCAAAUAGCCACAAAUGUUCCAAUACUACCCGUACAGCUCAUUUAAUAAGUGUUUCAUAUCGCUACCGGUCCAAAGUGAUAUACCAAGGCGUUCCUCUAGAGGGGGCUAACUUGCCAAUGUAUUGACUUACCCAAAGCAGCGCCCCCUGCAGUUUGAAUCUAUUUAUUUCAGCUGUGAUUAGUGGCCAAAGUCUGGCGUAUUGUUGAAGGUUGUGUGCCAAUAAUGGGGUGGUGGGAUGGUUCACCAGCAUAGCGGCUUCAUUCCUUCCUUGUUAUAUCUUUCAGGGCUUUUUUUUUUUCUAAUUUCAUUUCAUUAUCGCAAAAAGAAAAACGCCUAAAAAAAAAACAGUUUGCAGCUUUUUAUAAUAUCCAUUGAGUUA